AUGGUGUCCGAAGAACUCCUUGAGAAGUCGUUGGAGAUCCUGCAGGACCAGGCCCUCGACGAGGAAGAGCAGGUAGAGAAGGUUGAAGACUUCUUGCGCGCCAACUCCUCGCUGUCGGGUUCGUCCCUGGAGAAUGCCGUCCUGGACAUCUUAUGGCGGCAUCGCAAUCGUACCCUACCCGACUCGUCCCCUCCUCCGGCUCGCCAUACAGUUAUUCGCCGGUCAUCGCCUGCACCAUGGCAGAUGGCUCGUGCUUCAACACCGCUGUCGCCUCAACCAACGCUAGGGACCAGCCCAGGGAGUACCUCGUGGGUGCAGAACUCGCGCGGGGCAUUCUCCCGAGCUCCGCGUUCCUCAACUGGCUCCCCAUUUACCUCUCCACGACCAUCGCCCCGCCUUGCUCUCGCACAACCUAUUCCACACUCUCCAAACUUGAAUGCAUAUGAAUUUUCUGAUCAAAGUCAACUUUCCAAUUUCUAUGAUGAUUUGGGCAGCGAUAGCAAUGUGGAUUGGUUGGUCGGCGACGAUGCGCAUAGUACAACCUCGUCUACCGGUGGCCUCAGUGUCCCUGGGUCCUUGAGUGCAACUGCUGCAGAGUUUGUUCCAGAUAUGAGCCCACAUGAUAUUUUACGCACCGUACUGGGAGAUAAACGAACCAAUGAGGAGAUCGAAACAGCCCUGGAAGCGAACAGUUAUGAUCUCGGUGCUACCAUUGCUGCGCUCUCGCAAGACUCGGAAGCUGAUACCGUGUUGAAGCAAACUGAGGAUGCUCGAGUGCUGGUUGGUAAAUCCAUGGCCAUGGAGCAAAUUCGUCCGGUGACCCCCUCAGGCAACGGUCGCAGCCCGGUGGUUUGCAAGUACUGGCUGUCUACUGGCCAGUGCCUGAGGGCUGACUGUCGAUUCAGCCAUGACCUCACAAGCCAUGUGUGCAAAUAUUGGGUGAUGGGUAACUGCCUAGCAGGAGAUGGCUGCCCCUUCUCUCAUGAUCCUUCGGCCCUGAUUUCCAACCUCAGUGUUUCAAGCAACAGUCGCCCGGUUUCCCCAGCACCCAGUUCUCUGUUCCAGGUGGACAGUAACUCGGAUGCAUUCCCACCGCUCUCAUCAACUGGUAUGGAUGAUCAGUGGGCAAAUCAAUACAACAACCGGUACCCUGGCCUCGGUUCGCAAGCCAAGAUUAUUCCCCCCGGACUUCACCCUGGCAUGGGCAGGCGCAAUGGCAGCAUGACCCAUCUGGGACGUCCAAACUCUCGCCCGACCAGUCGUCACCAGAAUCGACCGGAGCUCAACCCGGCUGCUUUGUCUGUCGACGAUCCGGAUGCUUUCCCGACACUUGCCGCUGUCAGUGCAAAGAAUGCUGGAAAGAAGCACCACGGUAAACGGGGUGCCCAUAAUGGGGCCAAAGAGAUUAUCUCCUCGUCACUUGCGGAUGUUGUUCGCAUGUCUCCCUCGCCUGGCCCCAACAAAGGGAAAAAUGCCCCGAAGAAUGCCAAGGAGACCAAGGGCCGUGAGAACAGUGCCGCGGCCAUGGCUAUUCCUGCGCCGCAAAAUAUUCCUUGGCUCGAGACGGGUGCGCGGGCGAACCAGCAAUACAUCAAGUAUCGCACAGAGGCUAUUCGUCACGGGACUGUGCGUAACAAGUUCCUGCAAAGUGCCGCCCAAGCUUGGAACCGAAGCGAUGCACGAGCUGCUAAAGCGCUUUCCCUCCGCGGUCAAGCAGAGAAUGAUGCUAUGCGCCGCUGCCAUCGAGAAGCAGCACGCCAAUUGUAUGAAGAGCGCAAUCAACACUUGCUCCAGGCAGGCCUGGAUGGAGCUUCGGAAGAACUCUACGUUGAUUUACACGGUCUCCACCCGGAAGAAGCGAUCGAAUACCUCGAGAAAAUCCUGCUGAAGCAUGCUCGUGAGGGUAUACCCGUGGUAUACGCUAUCACUGGCACAGGCCACCACUCCAAGAACGGCAAAGACAAGAUCGGCAAGGCUGUCAAGGCCUGGCUCAAUGAAUGGCGCUACUUGUUCCGUGAAUUCAGUGUGCCAGGUGAGCGGGGUGGUUACGUUGGUGGUAUCCUGGGCAUCGACCCGUCCAGCUAUGACAAGUCUCUGGCCAAGGCCCUGGCAGAGAGUGAUGAUGUCCCGGCUGAUGGAGGCCAGCCCACCCUCACGAUGGGCAAGAUCCAGUUGCUCAGACGGGAGGAUUUAGAAACGAAGAACUCAUGA